AUGGACGUCGGUCAACAUCUGUCGACCACUCAUCCUAACUUCCGCGAGUCCGUUGAAGUUGAUGGUUCCCCUUCUAAUUUGGGUACCUCGGAAAACACACGCGGUGUUGAUGACGAAGCUCACCGUAUUUCCUCACUGGAGAUAGCCAUUGAGAAAGUUACAGCAGAACGGGAUCAGCUAAAGGCCACACUACGGGAGCAGCAGCGAGCUGUGGAGGCACUUGAGUCCUGUAUCAUCGCCAAGACCGACACGAAGGAGAAAGAACUGCGGCACUUUCUGGCGCCUCGACCCAUCCUAUCCGAUUCCGAAUCCCCUCCUGUUCAGCAGCCUGUUUCCACCAUAGCACCCAUCCUUUCCACUGUACCCGCAGUGAGACCAGUCCCAACGUUAAUUGGUGGAACAACCAAGUGUGCUGACGGACUGUUAGGACCUGCUCAUCUACCGUCAACGGGACCAAGUGCAACUCACACCGGCACCACCAACCUGAGUUCACGUUCAGAUUCUAGAAAACUCACCAAUGGACCAUCCGCUCUCAGCAACGAAUCCGAUGGCGGAGUUCCACUCUACUCGAAGGUCUUCAUCGAUUCCUGUGUGAAUUUGGUCCUCGCUCGUCUUCGAAGAGCACAAAACAACUGUCACGCUUUAGUUGCUACGAGCCAAACUGAUCUUCAGUCGUUCACAUUCACGCAGAACAGCCAAAAUGGGAAGCGCAUCAUGAUGCGUGUUCGGGUGCUGGAGCAAGAAAAUGAAGAGUUGGCCAAUGUACGUCGCACCGGCCGAACAGCCCGCCUUGAAACUGAAAUUGCACUGCGCCAGAAGUUCCUGCAAGACCUGAAGCAGACCUAUUCAGACAUGGAAUAUCUCGUUGAGGAGGUCGAGAACGAAACGGAGUUCAUUGGGAACAGUCUUCUCGUGUUGCAGCACCGUCUCAACCUGGCCAGAGCAACAGCUCAAGUUCUGGCUGCUGAAUUGGAGACCGUGGUCCCCGGUAAAGCCUUGGAACUGUUGCAGCAGGCCAAUUGGUUUCCGUUUGAAGAAGCCAGUCCCGGGGAUGAACAGUCUCUCUGUGGUGUCGCAACCGAGUUUGAUGAUUAUGAUGAUAAGCACCAUUCAUGUGAUGCGGUUCAGUCAACCCACGUUGAAACUUCUUGCAGGGGUCAGUCACCAAAUCACUCUGUGGAUGAACCCUCGGUUUCAGCUGUGGAUUCUGUUCAUGAACUAACCAAUCAUUCCGCGAAACGGAGGAAAGAUUCCUUCUCAGGGAACACAGAUUGCAAUCACAUUGUGUCUGACUCUCCUGAGGCCCAUCUUUUGCCAACCAAGCGAAGUCGUACUCUCGAACACCAAAUGACAACCCCUCACGCACAAUCCCAUCUUAGCCCUGAAAACCGACCCACUAUCCCUGUUGAUGGUCCUCAGCGGACGUUUACAUCUAGUCAUGACUGUGAUGCUGCGAAGGAAGCAUAUUCUUUACGGACUUCAGAGUUAUGCGUUGACUCUGCCGCCCCAUCCUCCCCAUCUGCUACCACCCUGAACCGUAAUCAACACUCUUGUCCAAUGUCAUCUGUACCAAGCCCUCGAAAACAUUCGAAGCAGUCACUCAGCGACCCAUUACAUGACACUGAUGUGCCAUCAAACGGCCGAACAGCUGGCGUGAGAGACUUGGCC